CAAUCUUUUUGUUUAUUCUAAGAUUGUUCUUGAAUCGGAAAGCUUCGCGAGUGUCUGCGACACUUACACAUACAACACACAUCCAUACGGCAUACGACAUAUAAUACGACGCUCACUAUUCUAAACCUAUAGGUUAUCAUCACCUUCAAUUGGUCUUUUGAUUGACCAAUCGAUCAAAAAUCAAAAUAUGGGCUUCUAUUAGGUCUUCCUUAUCUAAUCGCGUUUUCAACUGCAAGGCUGAAAAGGCUGAAAGCCCGUCACCUCGACCUUCGACGCACCUCUUCUACAUUUUACAUUUUACCUACAUACCUCAGACUCUCGCGGUAUUUCACAUUCAAACAACAAACGCAUUAAUAUUUAUAUACGCAAUGGCGCCCCUCUGCAAGUUCUGGCAGCAGGGAAAUUGCCGAAAUGGAGCAUCUUGCCGAUUCGAACACACCCCAGGCUACGGAUCUUCAAAUUCGAACACAAACCGAUUCAACGCGCUGAACAAUUCAGGAGGAAACAACAGGGCUCCGCAAGAGAACCCUUACAAGGUCACAAAAGAGGCAAUCAAGUCCGAUUUAACUACCGAACGCCCACCAUGGAUCCUGUCAUGCUACGGCCCUGGUAGGGACGCUCCGCAGCAGCUGUUUGGAGGAUAUCCGAGGGAGCAAAGUCUCGAAGAGGUCAUGCUAUACAUCAAAGGUUCAAACAAUCCGGAGCAGGCGAUGUCUGAGAUCACGACACUUUUCCAGCAGGCUGAACAACAAGUUCAAACGACCCUAAGUAAUCUCGAUGGCGCCGUCCAAUUCGUCCUACAGGGUGAAAACAACCACCCGAACCGUAUAGAUAUCUGCAAGCAAGGUACCCCAAACGGUGCUACCAGUGGAGUGUUUGGACGAGACGCUGUUGCUGGCUCUCAGGCAAGCUUCGCAAACCCCCUUGUCUCGAACCCAUUCUCGUCAGCACCUACUCCGCAGGCAAAUCCAUUCGGAGGCGCCACAUCAGCAUUCGGUCAGCCAUCAGCCCUGGGGCAAAAACCAAAUCCCUUCGGCUCCCAGCCUUCUAGCGCCUUCGGCCAGCCAUCCGCGAUGGGCGCAUCGAAGCCAGUGUUUGGCCAGUCUACUCAGAUGGGUGCGAAUACUCCCGCUUUUGGACAGGCAUCAAGUUUAGGCCAAAAGCCGAACCCUUUUAGCAAUGCAGCCUCCUCAGGACAAGGUGGAUUUGGCCAGGUGACUCAAAGCGCAUUUGGACAACCGUCGACCUUGGGACAGCGACCAAAUCCUUUUGGUGCCCCAGCCGCAUCUUCCACCCCUCCCGCGCCGAACCCCUUUUCACAACCGGCGGCGUCAAAUCCUAACCCGUUCGGCCAACCAGCAGUUACCAACCCUUUUUCGCAAGUCCCAAGCAUGUCUUCUGUUCAGCCUAUGGACACCACGGCACCAGCUUCUGUUCCAACCCCUAUUCCAGCCCCCAUUCCGGCAACCAACAAUCCUUUCGGCCAGCCAUCUACCUCUACCUCGGCAUUUUCCGCGCCAGCUAGGAAUCCGUUUGGUGCACCACAACCGUCGGGCUUCGGGGCAGCAACAAGUAACCCAUUUGCACAAGUACAAAAACAGACACCGACGCAGCUACAAUCACAGCCGCAGCCCCAAGCCCAACAGAUGCAGCACCAACAGAUGCAACACCAGGCCACAGCUGCCUCUUUGAACAGGGCUAAUCCCUACGGGCCUAAUAGUACAAAACAGCAUCCAGCCCCCGAGAGCUACAUAGCCAAAACAGCUAAUGGGCGAAUCACGUCAUUCAACGGACAGCCGGUGAUGUACAAAUGGAAAGUAGAGGACAAAUACCAAGACGCCAUGCCAGAUGGUGAGAUAAAGGAACCCCCUGUACCUGGAGUACCCAAUGCGGAUGGGACCUGGCGGAAGAUUCUCUUUCCAAAUGGCCCCCCUGGUUAUAACAAGGACACGGAACCCGACCCUGCUAUGUACACUGCGAAGAUCAAGGCGGCAUACGCUACCAUGACUGGUACCGGCAGAUUCGAGGGAGAUAUGCCUGAGGUGCCACCAAUGAGAGAGGAUUGUGUAUGGAACUUUUGAUGGAUUUGGUAGAUUUGGGCAGAUGUGCUUUCACUGGCGCAUAUUUCUACGUUAGAAGUGCACACCUUGAAGCACUAUUAAAUAACAUAUGACGAAUUGGCAUGGUAGAGUCAAACAGGAUCACGUUUACAGACUCUGGUUAGAUACCCUGGCGUUAAUGGAUUAUGCAUAAGAUCACAGGCGGCGUUAUUUGUCUGGUGAUUAUGGGAUAGCAGA